GGAGCAUCAAAUGGUCCGAGAAGCACAUCUUCAAAGCAGAACAAGAAGGCGACAACAUCUCUUUGAGCUGUGUGGACGAUUGGUGUCAUACAUUGGAUAGCCAACUUUUCGAGCGCUUUGGCUCUCAGCCGCCAACUUCUCUCGCGGCGGCGAGUCUCAACUUCUCUCGCUGCAACCUGGAUGAUGAGGCUCUGACGAAGCUGUUGAGUUUCCUCUACAGCAGGGACAUCACGGUGCAGAUCAUGAAACUCUUCAGGAAUAACAUCACCGAUGGUGGGGCCUGGGCUGUUGGUCAAUUCAUGGCCCACAGUUCACAGGCGGUGCAUGAAGUGCACUUGAGCCACAACAGCAUCACUGAGAGAGGUGCUGCUGGUCUGUUGGAGCUCAUCGCAUGGAGCCGAAAGUAUCCCUACGACGCUUCCAGCGGUGGCCGCGAUGGUCGUGGCUUGUCGCCCAUCUGGCUACGCCUGGAGCACAACUGCAUCGAUUGGCGCGUCAUCGACCAUCGCUUGCAUCGCAGUGAUCUCACCUGGUGCACCGCGGAGUCUAGAGAUGGUUGGCUCAUGUCAGAUGCAGCACCCACCAUUUGCCUGCACGCUUCUUACAGGAAUCAACAUGACAAGCUGACGUGGGAGGAAGGUGAAUGGGCUGGUGAUAGCAUGCCAGCUCAACCGGAGAGCGGCAAAGUGAUCCUGGCCGCCUUGAAAGGCGAUGCUCAGGCCCAGGACAUCGUGGGUCCCCCCACGCCUGUGCCCGUGCAUCAUCCACCGCCUCCACCGGCGCCCAUGCGACCACGGCCGCAGCCAAUGCCAUUGAAUCCAACGUCAAUCGCGCAGCCCAUGGCCAAGCAGUCUCCGAUUUCUCCGGUAUUGAGUACCUCCCCAAUCGGCGACAAAGGCAGCAUCAUGUCUCCAACCAGAGAGAAAGCUCCUCUUUUGUCUUCCACACCCAUGCAGAGUCCGCAGGGCCGUGUGCCGGCACCCAUGCAAGUGCAAGAGACAGAGGAGAUUCCGUUCUUCAUAUUUGUGGAUGCUGGCACCUUGCACCAAAUGAUCACCCGGGAGGAUGGUUUGAUCCGGCUCCAGGGGCUUCUGAACUUGGCAGUCUCUGGACAUAUGAAAUGCAAUCCACCUGACAACAGUGACAAGCAACCACCCUAUUGGGUGAAUCCCGUGCAGGAGGGAGAGACCUUCCCCAUCUUGCUCACAAAGGAGGUCAUGCAGGAGUUGGACCAGCGCCGCGAUGAUCCUUUGCUUCGAACGGAGAUGGCCCGUUACGUGGCCCAGGAUCCGCACUCGCUGUUGCAGCAAUGCAUCGCUUGGGGAAUCCUGGAGGUUUGUGAUGCGAGCAUCUCACAUGAGACCUUGGUGCACGUGACUAAACCCAUGGAGGCAAGAGCUCGCGACUUUCACAUCUCCCUUGCAUCGUUGAAGGUCCUUGACUUCGCCAAGAUCUGGUGGGCAGAAGCGCCAGGGCGAGUGCUGGUCAUCACUGAUGACAUCGAGCUACGACAGAUGGAGUGUCCCCCGAACUUUCCAGGGGUGAUCAUGCUGGGGGAGCUCAACAAGCUGCUUUGGCAGGAGCCGUCGGGACGGCAACUUUCUGACAUUGCAGGGCAGCCGCAGCCCCCUUUCAAGAACGUCAUCUUGAGCUCAUCAGUGAUUUGCAAGGCUGUGCAGAUGCGUCAAAAGAGCCUGCCAGAAAGGCCCCAGGUCCUGGAGCAAAGACAGGAGCUGCAUCAAGCGUUCUCGCUGAUCAGCAAGGUGCUGCGCUUUGCGAGGGCUGGCCAUGGUGGGACCCUGUCCAUUGCGGAGCAGGCCACACAAAGUGCCAGGAUGGAAGGUGCACUGAGACGAUGGCGAGAUCUAUUAAUACAAAUUUAUUGAAUAAAGAAUUCCAC